AUGUGCCGCUCCAAACCCUUGCCGAGCGAAGAUACGCCCUCUACUAUUCCUGUCUUAAUACCCUUCUGGGACAUGACCAAUCAUCGUAAUGGCACCAUUUCGUCAAUUUUCAAUGUGGAGACCCAAGAAAUGGAAGCAAAGGAGGACUUUAAGUAGGGAGAACAUGUUUUCAUACGUUAUAGCGAUCGUUCCAAUGCCGAGUUAAGGACUCGCAAUGGCUACAUCAAUGCCCAAAAUCACAAAGAGAGUAUGACCAUUAAACUGGGCUUAAGUUCUUCAGAUGCUCUAUACGAGAAACGCAAUCAUCUUUUGCAACUGCUCAACAUUCCAAAGACUAGUGAAUUGAAAGUUCUACCUCCACCCAAGCACAUUUCCUCAGAACUUUUAGGUUUCCUUUGCGUCUUCAAUAUGAACAAAGAACAAUUGGAUCACUGGAUAACGUCUGAGCGUUCCAUGGACCUGCUGUAUAUUGAUUGUGCUUUAGAAACUGAAUUGGACUCGAAAAUCUGGCAGUAUUUGCAGAUACGCCUAAUGCAACUAUUGAGAGCCUUCUUCAACACCCUGGAAAAUGAUGAAAAGCUAGUUGGUGGACUGAAAAAGGGUGAAAUAAAGCCAACAAGUAUCUAUAUACAGAUGAUAUUGGAGUAUCGUAUACUGACUGCUGCUUUGGAUUAUGCCAAACAAAGGACAAAAGCCUAA